AUGGGCACUAGUGAUGACGAGGGCGUCGCAUUCCGAUCGAAUGCACUCGAUAUAGUGAGUUCUUGGCUGCUUGGUGGAGAUGGCAAUGAGGACAAGAUAAAGCAGGAGAUGCAACAGAAAGAACGCCGCCCCGUGACACUAUAUCGUCCUUCUUCGUCCUCUGCGCCGAGUCUUACGCGACCCAAUGCCGGUCAUGUGGACGUGACACUGACGGAGACGGAGCGCGAGAUGAAGCGCAAGCUACUGCGUAAAUCUCGAGGAAGUCACCUAGAGGAGGCAGCUCUAGCAGAAAAAGAAGUGCAAACGCAGUGGGACGAAGCACAAGACGAAGAAGAACAGGAACUUGUGCGUCUUAAGACACAGACACCGAAGGACGAUAGGAAACGGAAACGUACAGUACAAGACGAAUUGCUGGAUAAACUGAGAGAAGAUGCAGCUAAGAAAAAGGCAAAGAACCUGAAGCGAAAGCUGCAACUACAGCGCAAGAAGCAGCAGCAGCAGCGACAGCUGUACCAGAACGAUGUCACCGCCGUGAAUUGA